AUGUUCAAACUAUCUAAAUUGUUUUACUCAUUCAAACAUUCAAGUAGAUCUAACAUUUAACAUAAUUUAUCAUCUUUUAAAAAGAAAAGAAGAUAAGAAUUACUAUAUAAUAUUGGUUUAUAUGGUGCUGCAUUUGGAUGUGCUUUUGGUGCUGUACCAUUUUACAGAUUAUGGUGUGAGCAUUUUGGACUUGAAGGAGAUCUUGAUAAAAAAGAUUAUUCAAUGAAAGGCAAAAAAUGUAAUUGCUACAUUCAUUACUAGUGGAUGUCUUUAGAAAAUACCAUGUUGAAUUUGGAGCAGAAACAGAUCCAGAAGCUAAUUGGGAAUUCCUUCCUGUUCAAUAAAAUGUUACUGUUCAUGCUGGGGAAACUGCCCUGGUUUUUUAUAGAGCCUAUAAUAGAAAUGAUAAUGCUGUUGUAGGUAUAUAUUAUAUAUUAUAAUUAUUUAAGGUUUUGCUACUUACUAAAUAUUUCCUGAAGAUGCUGGUCUUUAUUUUGCUAAAAUUCAAUGUUUUUGCUUUAAUCAACAAUUACUCAAUCCAAAAGAAGAAUUAUAAUUACCUAUCUAUUUCUACUUUGAACCUGAAAUUAAUGAAGAUCCUCUCCUUAAAAAUUGUGAAAAUGUAUAUCCUAUAUUAUCAUUAUUAUAUUAGAUCAAAGUCAUGUAUAGAUUCUACAAAGCAAAAAAUCAAGAACUAGCACAACUUGCUGAAAAUGAAUAUAAGCAUGUAAAAAAAAAUAAAAUGAUUUUAUAAAAAUUAAGAGAUGCUAAAAAAGAUGGUAUCUUAAGUGAAAGUGAACUUAAUAAAAUUAAAGUAAUCUACAAUUUAUACUUAUUUUUAGAAUACUAAAUUUACAGAUCAAGAAAUAGAAGAUUUUGAUGAAUGGGCUUAUGAUAAUCCACUUGAAGCUGCUGAAGCACAAAAAGAAGAGUAACAAUCCAAAAAUUGA